GCGAUUCACGUGGUCUCAAUAUUCAUAUUCCGAGAAUCGAUUAUUGUUAAUGUUUGAUAUAUUAAUAUAUUUAUUAUUUAUUAUAUUUCAUAAGAGUAUUUGAAAGUCAUUGAAAGAUGAAGAAGUCAAUUAAACGUAAAAUACCUGAAGAUGAAAUUGUCGAAACAAGUUCUGAAGAAGAAGAAUACGAAGAAAGUGAUGAAGAAUAUGAAACAGAUGAAGAGGACGAUGAAAGCGACGAUGAUGAUGAUGAUGAUGAGAAUAAUACAGAUGAAGAAUCUUUAGCUGGUGAAAUUGAAGGCGUAAAAAAUAAUAUAACUCUUCAGGAUAUAAGCGAUGAUGAUGGUGUUGAAUUUUCUAGUACUGAUGAUGUUGAUGACAAUGAGGAUUUAUUUGCUAAAGUUACACCGGAAAACGGUGAAGAAGCUAAUAUUGCCUUGGAAAAUAAGCCUGAUGUGAGAAGUAUUCAAAACGAUACGGAACCAGUGUUUACUGGGGAAAAUAAGGCCGUAAUUAAUGAAUAUGAAUAUGACUCUUCUGAUGAAGAGGAUGUUCUCAAUACUAUCGGAAACAUUCCGUACGAAUGGUAUAAAGAUUAUGUUCACAUUGGCUAUGAUGUUGAUGGCCGUAAAAUUAUCAAACCUAAAAAUGAUGAUCAAGUUCAAGAAUUUUUAAAUCAGAUUGAUGAUCCAAAUUAUUGGCGUACUGUCAAAGAUAAUCUUGCUGGACAGAAAGUAGUUCUCAGCGAUCAAGAUGUCAAUCUUGUCAAACGAAUUCGAAAUGCCAAAUGUCCGGAUCCGACAUAUAACCAAUAUGAAUCGUUUAUUGAUUUUUUCACAUAUGAGAAAAUGAUUCAUCCUGUUACAAAUCGUCCGGAACCAAAAGCAGCUUUUAUUCCGUCAUUAUCAGAGAAAAGAUUGGUUAGCAAGUUAGUUUCAGCCAUCAAAAAAGCACGAUUAAAACCAAAACCGGUUAUUAAGAAGCCUAAACCAUUCGAAUUCAAUUAUGAUCUUUGGGAAAAAGAUGGCGAAAAAAAUCCACGAUUAGAUCGAUAUAUUCCAGCACCUAAGCCCAAACCACCUGGCCACGAAGAAUCUUAUAAUCCACCACCUGAAUAUUUGUUCACUGACGAAGAAGAAAAAGAAUGGCUCGAACAAGAUCCUGAAGAUCGUAAAAUUAAUUUUAUACCGCGUAGUUAUAGUUCAUUACGCAAAGUGCCUGCUUAUCCUGAUUUUAUCAAAGAAAGAUUUGAACGUUCACUAGAUCUUUAUCUAUGUCCUCGUGUCCGAAAGAAUCGUAUUCGAGUCAAUCCAGAAGAUCUUAUACCAGAAUUACCAAAGCCAUCGGAUUUACAACCAUUUCCAUCCAUACAAUCAAUGGUUUAUAGUGGACAUGAAGCAAAUAUUGUUUGCAUUACUGUUGAACAAUCGAGUCAAUAUAUGGCUUCUGGUGAUAAAGAUGGUGUGGUUAAAAUAUGGGAAAUACUAACUGGCCGAUGUUUUAAGACGCUUAAAUUUUCCGGACCUAUUAGCAAUCUUUCGUGGUCUCCAAAUGACAGCAAAUCAAUUGUAGCCAUUGUUGUAGAGAAUAUGGUUUAUAUUAUAAAUAUUGGCUUAGGUCAACGGCAAAUUGUACAACAAACAGAGCAAUAUUUUGAAAAUUUAAAUCCAGAAAAUAAUGACGAUGAUGGUCCGAGUGGUGAGGAAGAAUCCAAUAUACCAAAAAGGAAAGAAAAUCCUGUCUGCCAUUGGAAACGUAUUCAUCAGGAAAAUGAUGCUGAAGAUUGGCUUAAAGGCAUUCGUUUGAUAAUUAAACACGAUUUUGAGAUCAAACAAUUAGCAUGGCAUGCUGCAGGAGAAUAUAUUUCUACUGUUAUGCCACAUGCUUCAAAUAGAUCAAUUGUAAUUCAUCAUCUUUCCAGAAUGAAAUCGCAGGUUCCAUUUAAGAAAAUUAAAGAUAUCAUACAAUAUGUGAAGUUUCAUCCAACCAAAGCAUACUUUUUCGUUGCAACUAAACGAACUAUUCGAAUCUAUGAUCUGAUCAAACAACAAAUGACAAAGAAAUUGUCAGCCAAUUGUAAUGAAAUAUCAAGCAUGGCCAUUCAUCCUGGUGGUGAUAAUAUUAUCAUUAGCAGUAUGGAUCCACGUGUUCAAUGGUUCGAUUUGGAUCUUUCGGAUAAACCAUAUAAAACGAUGCGUUAUCACAAAAAAGCUGUACGAUGCGUCGAUUUUCAUCGUAAAUAUCCAUUGUUUGCAUCAUCUUCGGAUGAUGGAACAGUUGUCGUUUGUCAUGGAAUGGUUUAUAAUGAUCUUUUACAGAACGCUCUCAUUGUUCCAGUAAAAGUAUUAAAAGCUCAAAAUGUUAAAAAACAAACAGAAAUUAUGCAAUGUUUGUUCCAUCCAAAUCGGCCAUGGCUGUUUGCCAUCUCAUCCAAUACAGUACGUUUAUUCACAUGAUGAUGAACAUUAAUUCUUUGUGAAAUUUUAUCAUGAGCAAAUUAAAAAUUAAAAAAAAAUUGUAAAUUAUGGAAAUUUUCAAAUAAUUAAAAUCCAUUCAUUAAUAUCAAGUAAAAGAUUGAGAUUAAAAUACAAA